GGUUUGGUAAUUAGAGAGUUGAAACCUAAACACAACCAAGUUAUACUUGGAAACGUAUUGUUUUCAUUGACGAUGUCAGCAUCGCCUCGCCGUAAUAGUAUUGCGGCUACUGAUGAUUUAUAUGAAAAGAAAAAAACAAGGAAACGCUCAUAUUCAUUGGGAGGGUCACAAGCUCUGGAAGAAUUUAAAGAACAGGCCAAUCCAGGGAAAGGGAUUCUUAAACGAUAUUCUUCCUUCGGACUUGAUCCUGAUACCAAAAAUGAACGUACCUAUAAUGAUAAUUUUGAUGCACUGAAUAAUACGGUCAUUGGGAUUCCUAAUAGUAUUAUGUUUGCAUCCAAACAAAUGAAUAUUUCACAAGAGAAGGAACCACCAACUCGUUCGAAAGGGAGAAGAAGUCGCGUAUCUUUUGCUAGUCAUGCUCGCGUAAGAUGGUAUCAGAAUGAGUCUGACCGAUCGCGUAUUUCAUCUGACUCUCCUCCGUCUGUUAACAGAGCGCCGGGCUUUUCAACUGAAGAACGCGGACAUUCAGUUUCUAAAGAAUCAUCUGCAAAUGAAGAUGAAACAAAUAAUAAUGAAGCAGGAAAUGAAAGCAUAUCGUCUAGUCCUCGCCGUUAUUCCCCUCCACCCGAAUUGCAAGAGAAUGAAUCAAAUAGUGAUAUGGAUGUCACGAAUUCACCUCCCCCAACCAAUCCUGUUUCUAAUUUACCAAACCCUUCUUCAAUCGUACCGGAAUAUCAAUAUGCUUCUCGAAUAGUUUCUACUGAAGCGCCAGAAAGCCCUCCAGCAAAUUCAAACAAGACAAGUCGUAAUGAAGAUUUGGAAUCUGAAAUGAGCAUGGAUGUCACUAUGCGAUUUCAUGAUGAUAACUCUUACCUUUCUGGCAUUGAGUCUCUUCAGGGUUCCAACUCAACCGAGCAAACUCCUUCCCGACAAAUUCAGCAUGUAGAUAAUUCUUCGCUUUCUUACCAUCAUCUUCCUGCAUCAAAUUCAAUUGCCUCGCUGGAUCGAGGCGUUGAUGAAGAGCAAGACAUGAUGCUUACCCGGUCAAUUGAUGUACCACGCGCUGACCCUGAAGACUUCUCAAAUCAGAUGGACAUUAGCAUGGAGCUUACUUCCUCUCAUAUAUCACCAAUUCGUCUCGACCGAAAAUUAUCCGCAACUGGUACGCCUAGAAAAGAUAAUGGAAUGUCUAUAGUUCCUCCAGCUACUCUGGAACCCUCUGAUUCCCCUUCACAAAACCCUACCGAUAUGGAUUUAACAACAAGGAUUGUUGAAAAGCAACCAUCACCUUUACCUUCUUCUGAAGAGGAAGCUAUGGACAUAACUCAGAAUGUUCAUUCUGUUGCUUCACCUGUUCAUGUCCUCUCCCAAAGUGAUACCCAGACAAGGCUUCAAGAGACAGGAAUUGCUGAAUUUGCAGAUGGAGAAGAAUCGGAAAUGAAUGUUACAAAGGCAUUUGAUCUGUUCUCACCUUCAAAAAGACAGAUGAAUGACACCGAAGAACCCAUGGAUGUGACGGGUGUAAUCAAUCUUCCAUAUUCCCAGACCAACGAAAAUAAUGAUAUACAAGAACAACAAGAGGAAGCUGGCACCGGUCCCUUAUCACCAAUACAGAGACUCCCUUCUCCAAAUAUUGCCCGUACAACCUAUGAACAAAUCCCUCCCCAUAAGAAGCCAAAACGGUUGAGCGGUAACCUUGACGUUAUAAGUCCCAGUAGAUCCGAAAUUCAUCCACCAAAAGAAAAAGCUUCUCCAUCAUCUCUUUCGCCGAAUACUAAGUUGGAUCGGAGUACAACAAGAAGUUCUCGUCGAAAACAGAGGUUUAGUACAUCUGCUGUCGAUAUGGAUACUAAGCGUCAACAACGAUUGUCAACUAUCCGGAAUGCCAGAAAAUCUAUAUCUACUUUAAACGACUUGGACUUUGUUUCAUUUCCUCCUGCUUCAGAACAAAAUUCUAUAUCAAAUGCUUCACCCAAAAAAAAUGAAUCACCUCCAAGUCAGUAUGAAGAUACAGAGCCUGCACCGAUAAGUCCUUUGAGGCGUGAAAUACAACAUGCUUCUGUCCAUACGUCUCCUGCGCCGGAAUCUUCGUCUUCUGGUUAUUUUACCAAUAGCAAAAUCCAGGAAAUGGAAAAAGACUCCUUUAUUUCUCCAAUAGCAAUAAAAUUGCAGCCCUUAACUUUUGAAGGAGCGCACGAAUUGGGUACCUCAAUGGACGUAAAUGUUACUGAUGAAGAAAAUGCUUUACAUGAUUCUCAUUUACAGAACGUUGCUAACGAAAUUGUACCCGCUGAGGAAGAAAAGCAAAAUACGGAAACAAGCCUGGAAAAUGCUCUAUCCUCUUACGACCCUGUUUUACCAGCUUUAACAAUAGAUGAAUUUCUGAGCAUGACUGAAAUUGAAUUUUUGGAUAAUAUAACGAGUUCGAAACGGCGUGAGACUAUAAUAUCUGGUCCAGCUGAGAGCCAGCAGUUAACAACCGCUCAGCUUUUGGAAUCCUAUUAUCUGCAAUUUCCAAUACUGGAAUUGUAUAGGUUUAGCUGUCAAAAAUUAGAAGAAUAUAUCAUUGAGGGAAAAGACUUCGUAACAAAGAUGGCUGAAGUGGCGCAUAAGAAUAAUCCCUUGUUAUUUUACGAAUAUCGAAAAGCAUCUAGUGAAAUGAAAGCGUUAAUGAAUUCGCAGUUUCGGAUAAUUAAAACUUUCUCGCGUUUGCAAGCUCAAGGUUACUGGUAUGAAUGGCGGGAGGCUUUAAUGCAAGGAAUCAAGCAGGAACUCGAUGAGAAUCUUAUGAAGCUUAAGAAAAAUCUAAUACAGAUUUCGGAAACCAGAUCCAAGCUUCUUCCUUUUUUUAAAGAAUUACGUACCAAUUUUUCUACGGUAUCAACAAAGGUUGAAGCAUUAAGAAAGAGAAAGGAAUUGUUUGGGCAAUACAGCAAAGAACUGGUUCUCCAGACCCAGAGCAAGUUUGAAGAUUUACAAAAGGAGUUAAAUUUGAAGAGGAAAACGUUAAUUGAAAGACAAGCCUAUAAGCGCAACCUAGAAAAAGAGAUAGACGAUUUAACUAAGCGAUGCAAAGGUUUGGAAAUGCGGUGCCAGGAAGAGAGAGAGUUUUAUAAUGCGAAUCAGGAUUUUGAGUAUGAUGAAAUUACAGAGUACCAGCAGGAAUUAUCACAACUGCAACGGAAACUUGGCUGGACCAUAGUUUCUAUCCGACCUAAUGAAAUGAAACUAAUUUGGAAUCAUUCGUUGCAACCUUUUCAAGUGUCUGUCUUGCUUCAGGUGCGACAAGAAGAACUAGAUCUGAACGUGAAAGCCGAAUUAGCAAAGCGAUCAUGGACUGUUUCUGACGUGUUUGAUACUUUAGCUGAUAUGUUUCACAACAGCAAGAGUAAAAUCAUCAAGAAAAACGUUAAACUGUUAAAACCGGUAAUGGAUGAGAUCGCUGCUUAUUGGAAUCAGUUACAAGAACUACUGUUGGAAUUUGAGAGGCUGAAAUUAUAUUGGCCUUAUGUGUCAUUUAAUUGGGAAAAACAGUGUCUAGUUAUUCGAGUGGAGAUAUACCUCCAAUCCAGAGCGACGAAGCUUUUAAUAGAGUUCAACAUUCCUGAGUCGGCUUUAAUGAAACAAGACGGAGCAAAUUCUGUAUAUGAAGCAACAUCCGUAAAGGUUCAUUCUGUAUACGAUAAUGGUUUGAAACAAGAACCGGAAAUUUUGAAAGUUCUUUUGGAAAAGCUACAUUCUGUGUCUAUAAAUGCAUAUUCUUUUGCAUGUUUUGAGAUUUUAAGCAUUUACAGCUAGUGGGAUGAGUUUACAUAAUCACUUUUGUGUUUAGGAUGUCAGUUGUUGAUUUACAAUUUCGAUACCCUUUAAUGCCUAGUGAAAAUGCUUAAAAAUUUCGUGUAUAUUAAAAAUUUAUAUAUUUAAUAAUAAUGGGUUAUGUGUUUGUCGUUAAUUACCUUAUUAUUUGAUUCGAAUCCUGCU